UUGCUUUGAUAUUUUGGUCACAGAUUCCAAGGGGCGACGGAACAUUUGUGAAGAACCAAAUCGAAGGAGAUUUCUCGACGAAGAUCAAAGCAAGCAGCAGCUAUGGCGGAUCAACUCACCGACGACCAGAUCUCUGAGUUCAAGGAGGCUUUUAGCCUCUUCGACAAGGAUGGCGAUGGCUGCAUAACCACCAAGGAGCUGGGAACAGUGAUGCGCUCUCUCGGGCAGAACCCAACAGAAGCCGAGCUCCAAGACAUGAUCAACGAAGUUGACGCAGACGGGAACGGGACCAUCGACUUCCCGGAAUUUCUAAACCUAAUGGCUCGUAAGAUGAAAGACACGGACUCGGAGGAAGAGCUCAAGGAGGCAUUCAGGGUCUUCGACAAGGACCAGAACGGCUUCAUCUCAGCGGCCGAGCUGCGUCACGUCAUGACCAAUCUGGGGGAGAAGCUUACGGACGAGGAGGUGGACGAGAUGAUCCGUGAGGCUGACGUGGAUGGGGACGGCCAGAUCAACUACGAAGAGUUCGUGAAGAUCAUGAUGGCUAAGUGAUGAAGAACUCAUGACUAUCACAAUAACUCCAAGGUUAUGAUCAUUAUCAAUAUCUCUAAAUGGAUUCCACUGGUUUUGUUUAGGGAGUUGUCGAAAGUAUUUGCGUGAAAUGGUCGGAGUGAUUUUGGCUUUUCUAACGGACUUUGAAUUUGGGGUUUAGUAUUUAUGUUUUUUUGUGUUGCUAUGUUUUUUUCUUGGUGCAGAAGAUGAAAUAUUUCGUGUUAUUUUUUAAGCU